UUUCAUCCCGGAAGACUUACCUUUCUCCUGACACGUAGCAGCCGCAACCAAGUUGGCAGGGCUCUGGGUAGAUUUGUCAAACAUCACAGAGUGAGAGAUGUCGGGGUUUGACAGUUUCAACACAGACUUUUACCAGUCCAGCUACAGUGUUGAUGACCAAAACCAGGCAGGCCAUGGCUACAGCGGAGCAGAAAACCCCUACAAGCCAUACGGUGGUCAGUACGACUACUCUCAGCAAAUGGGCUACACUUCCCCAGGGAUGAUGCAGCCCCAGCAGCCAUACACAGGACAAAUCUUCCAGCCCACUCAGACCUACACACCAUCCUCAUCACAAUCCAUGUACAGUAACAGCUUUGAUGACGAGCCGCCACUGCUAGAGGAAUUAGGAAUCAACUUUGACCACAUCUGGCAGAAAACUCUGACGGUGCUCCAUCCACUGAAGGUAGCAGACGGCAGUAUCAUGAAUGAGACAGACCUGGCUGGCCCCAUGGUCUUCUGUUUGGCCUUCGGAGCAACACUUCUCCUGUCUGGUAAAAUCCAGUUUGGCUACGUGUAUGGUAUCAGUGCAAUUGGCUGCCUCGGCAUGUACUGCCUACUCAACCUAAUGAGCAUGACGGGCGUCUCCUUCGGCUGUGUCGCCAGCGUGCUGGGAUACUGCCUCCUUCCCAUGAUCCUCCUCUCCAGCUUCGGAGUCCUCCUCUCUUUACAGGGAAUGGUGGGAAUUAUACUAACGGCAGCAAUCAUUGGCUGGUGCAGUUUCUCAGCCUCAAAGAUCUUCAUCUCAGCGUUGGCCAUGGAUGGGCAGCAGCUGUUGGUUGCAUACCCAUGCGCUCUCUUAUAUGGAGUCUUUGCACUCAUUUCCGUCUUCUAAAAAAUUUAGUAACAGUUUAAAAUAACCGCUCCACAGUUUCUGUAAUUUCAGUCUAAUUAGCAUCAGUGUAAUUAUUUGCCAAUUACACUGUUAUUGCAGAACAAUGGGAGCUCCCAUCUGAAACGGCACCAAGGCAUUUUUUUUUCUUUUUACACGCCUCCACCUCUCACUACAUUCCGACUUGACCAUCUGCGGGCUGGAGUGUAUCGUCUCACCCACUUUGUUCCCCUCAUACAUCUCAAAGGAGAGGACUGUCAAUUAAACCUGGUAGAAAAAUAACUCUUCUGUGGACCAUUUUGAGCCUUGAGCGGCCGAGUACAGUCCUAUGAUUUUGAGGACAUGAAGGGGAAGGAAGUGAGCAAUUAGUUCACACAAUGGAAACCCGAGGAGACAAUUUAAUUUGGACACUGACGGGGAAAAGGUUCUCUAUUUCCAAGAUGGACUGAUAACCAACCAACCAAACAAACCCUCAGCAAACUCUGCAGCCAGUAAAAACAUUGUGAUUUUUCCUCUUUUUCUGGCAAACCCUGAUAGAUUCUACAGCUGCGAGACUCAAGGGAAACACCCACUUUCCUUCUGCAGAAGACUGUUCGCUCAUUCUACUUCUUCACUCUGGAAAGGUGGAGAAAAUUGGGGAUCUCCCUCUUUGUAUCUUCUUUUCCCUAGGACUGAGGAGUCAUGAAUCCUAUAUCUGCUCAUCCCAGCAGUGAUCUGAUCUUUGAUGUAAAAACAGCAGCUCUGCUAUAUCUUCUCUUGUAUUAUUUUUAUUAUAUUCUCUUGAAAUUCAUUAGAAUUUUGAUGCCUUUCAAGACAAAAACACAUUUUGCACAGAAGCAUUACUCUAGAUUUCAAAACCUUAAAAACGUGAUCAAAUGCUGAGAAUUAACAGUCUAGGUGAUACUGUAUAUUUCUAGAUUCAAACAUGAUUCUAUAGGUUGUUGCUAUAAGUUGCAUCCUUUCCAUUUUUAAAUCUUUAUUCACUCUGUAUGCUUUGAUGUGUCAUCUGUUGUUCAUGUCUUCUAAUGCACAUUAAAGUUGUCUUUGAAAGUUA